AUGGCUGCCGAAAGAGUCCACCCUCACCACUCACCCUCCCAUCAUCCCCGUGAAGAUCAUGAUCAAGAUCAAGAUCAAGAUCAACUCUCCACUCCCAGACCUUCUCCUCCUUCUCCUGAAAAGCCUAUUCCUCAACCUCCUGCCGGCACUUACGUCAUUCAGAUCCCCAAGGACCAAAUCUACCGCCUCCCUCCUCCCGAAAACGCCGACCGUCUCAAACGCCUCUCCCGCCCUAAAUCUUCUAGAACUUGUCGCUGCUGUCGCUUCUUCUGCUUCACUCUCCUCACCCUCAUCCUCCUCCUCGCCAUCGCAUCCGGCAUCUUCUACCUCGUCUUUCGUCCAGAGUCACCUCAUUAUUCCAUCAACUCUAUUUCUAUCAAACCUCUCAAUCUCUCUUCUUCAUCUUCGCGUAUCUCUCCUCAGUUCAACAUCUCAGUCACCGCCAACAAUCCCAAUAACCACAUCGGAAUUUACUACGAGAAAGACAGCUCAGUCGAGGCUUAUUACCAGGACGUCAUCUUAUGCGACGGCGUUUUGCCUUGGUUUUAUCAGCCCAAAAACAAUGUCACAGUGUUCAAUGUGGAUCUUAAAGGUUCGGCUAUUCAGUUAACGAGUUCUGUUCACAAGCAGCUGGUGGCUGCUGAGAAGUCGGGAACGGUGGCGCUUAAGGUGAAUUUGAGAGCUCCUGUGAAGAUUAAGGUGGGGUCAGUGAAGACGUGGACGAUCAAGGUGAAAAUCAAUUGUGAUCUAACGGUGGAUAAGUUAACGUCUCAGUCGAAGAUUUUGUCAAAGGAUUGUGAUUAUGGGGUGGAACUUUGGUAGGGUAUUAUUAUUUUAGAGGGGAGUGUUUGGUUGUAGGAUUUACAUUACACCCGUUUGUGUACUAUGUAAUUGGUUUUUAUUUAGUUUUGUGGUGGUAUGGUAAUGGUAUACAUGUUCUUAUUGAGAUUAUUGUUAUACUCAGUACAUAGUUAUGUAUUUUAGUUGAUUAA